AUGCAAGGUCAUUUAGCAAAAUUUGAUGAAGUACAAAUAAAGAUGUCUAUGCUAAAUAAACCAAUAGAUGAAGCUGAUUUAUGUGCACGUUUCCUUCAGACACUGCCAAAAGAAUUUGAUUACAUUUACAUAACUUGGCAUGAUCUGCCACAAGCUGACAAAACAUGGCACAAACUACAAAAAAGGUGUUUGAAUUAUGAGGUGCGAAUUCAAGACAGAGAAGAAACAAAUGUAGCUGCUGCAAUGUUUUCAAGGACCAAGGGAAGUGUGUCUACACAGCAACGAAGCAAAAUUAAAUUGGGUAAUGCGAAAAAGGUGCAAAAUUCAACUAACCGCGAUGUGAAGAAAUGUUUUUCAGGUGGUAAGUUUGGACACAUUUCGAAAGACUGCAAAACGGGCAUAGUGUGUUUUAAAUGCAAAAGCAAGGGUCAUAUAUCCAGGAACUGUCCUAGUGGUGGUGGUGGUGGUGGUUCUGCAAUGUAUCAGCUGUGA